AUGGCCAUUAUAGGGAAGCCUCUUUAUGGGACACAUGGGGAACUCCUACAUGAUGGAAAAUAUGGGAUAUUCCCAUUCACACAGCAAGAAAGGGCAAAGAAGUCAAGCAAAAACAAACCAGCUGGCACAUUGGUCACAAAAGCACUUCAAAAUGUCAACAGAGAUGCAAUAAGGGACAUGCUACUUAACAAAGUCAUACCAUCAAUAGUGUCAAAAUGGCCAGCAAGUUUGCCCAAAAAUGUGGUGAUUCAAUGGGACAAUGCAAGGCCACAUCAAAUACCAAGAGAUGAAGAGUUCAUUGUAGCAACACAAGCAAAUGGAUUUAAUAUUGAGUUUGUGUUCCAACCAGCACAAUCACCAGAUUUGAAUGUGUUAGACUUAGGUCUGUUUAGAUCUAUUCAAUCUUUGCAAUAUCAAUCUUUUCCAAAGAAUGUAGAUGAACUUGUUGAAAAGGUCAUUGAGUCUUAUAACAAUUUCAAACCAGAAGUAAACAAGUACAUUUGGGUGACAUUACAAAGAUGCAUGAUCAAGAUUCUAAAGGCAGAAGGAGGGAAUAAGUACAAAAUCCCACAUAUGAAUAAGAAAAAGCUGGAGAAUUUAGGCAUUCUCCCAAAUCAGAUUGAAGUAGAAAGGAGUAUAGUGGUGGAAGCUGUGGAAUACCUGAACACAAUGUUCAGGCCAGCAACCCAGGGAAAUCAUGAAGCAGAAAUAGAAGACAUGGAGGUAGAUGCAGACUAA